UGAGAUGGAAAUUCUUUUCCUCCAUAUAGAAAGUAAUUAUUAAGGAAAAUAUUUCUCAACUAAUUUUCCACUCAUCUUUCAUUCUGAACAUAAACCCUAGAUUUAACUUCAUAUUUUACCGUUUCUUUUACUGAUUUCUAUAAUUAUGAAGCAUUGAUAAUUCCUUUUUUUGCUAAUUUUGAUCCAUUUCUGAUUGAUUCAGUAAUCAAAAAUAAAUACGAAAAAUUAUUGGAAAGAAAAUGAUGGGUUCUGAGAACAAUCACAUCCAAGAAUCAAGCAGAGAACAGAUGGAAAUCCCAAUUCUCAACGAAGACGAUGGCAGCAAUGACGACGUUUCGACCUCCAAAUCAUAUUCCAAUUACUGCAGUGCAAUGACCACACUGUCCUCCUCCUCCGAGCACCCUCUGUUGACUCCGCCGUCCAUUGCCACCAACCCCGCCUCGUCCGAUCCGCUGUUAUUUCCCUCUCACGAUCCCUUCCCCGAAUCCCCCUCCUACGCUGAUGUCAUUAUCAGCCCCCUUGAGGAUAGUCCCACUGUCUCCUCCGACGGAGACGGUGGGAGCGAUGAUGUACACGGAAAAUUGAGGGUGUCUCCGAGGUCCCAGCUGGAAGGCUCGGAGUAUUUAAGAAUCACGGUUUCUGAUCCCAAAAAAGAGGUUGAAUCUUCUAACUCUUUUGUUCCGGGUGGUAACAGUUACGUUACUUAUUUGAUCACCACGAAUACGAAUAUUCACGAGUAUCGAGGGUCGGAUUUUAGAGUUCGAAGGCGGUUUAGGGAUGUCAUUAUGCUUGCAGAUCGCUUGAGUGAAGGCUAUAAAGGGUAUUUUGUUCCUAUACGGCCUGAUAAAAGUGUAAUGGAGAGUCAGGUGAUGCAAAAGCAGGAGUUUGUCGAGCAGAGGAGAGUUGCGUUGGAGAAGUACUUGAGGAGGCUUGCGAUGCACCCUGUGAUUAAGAAAAGCAACGAGUUGAAGGAGUUUCUAACAGUGGAGGGGAGAAUGCCUUCAUCGGCAAGAACUGAUGUGGCAUCGAACGUUCUUGACGGGAUGAUGGCGCUGCCAAAGCAGUUGCUGGGGGAAUCGAGGAGUGUAAUUGAGUCGCAGGAUGCGGUGGAGCCAGCCAAGGGCAGGAGGGAUUUGCUGAGCCUGUUCAAGGAGUUGAAGCAAUCAGUUGUGCAUGAUUGGGGUAGGUCAAGGCCUCCUGUGGAGGAGGAGGAUAAAGAGCUCUUGGAAAAGAAAGAGAAGUUGCAUUAUCUCGAGCAGCAACUUACUAAUGCUUCUAAACAGGCGGAAUCACUGGUUAAAGCACAGGAAGAUAUGGGGGAUACAAUGGGAGAAUUGGGGCUAGCAUUUAUUAAGUUGACAAAGUUUGAGAAUGACCAUGCCAUAUUGAAUACUCAAAGAGUGAGGGCUGCUGACAUGAAAAUUGUUGCAACUGCAGCUGUUAAAGCAAGCAGAUUGUAUCGAGCAUUAAAUGCACAGACCGUGAAGCAUUUGGAUACAUUGCAUGAAUAUAUGGGGUUGAUUUUAUCUGUACACAGUGCAUUCUCUGAUCGUUCGAGUGCUUUGUCGACAAUACAAACUCUUACAACAGAACUGUCUUCCUUGCAUUCAAGAGCUGCAAAACACGAAACGAUGUCAUCCAAAAAUUUUGGUGGUGACAACUCUAGGAUUCACAAAUUAGAAGAGCUAAAAGAAUCCAUUAGGGUCACAGAGGAUGAUAAAAGGCGUGCAAUCAGAGAUUAUGAACAAAUCAAGGGUAAUAAUAGGAGUGAAAUGAAAAGGCUAGAUAGUGAAAGGCAGGCUGACUUUGUUAACAUGUUGAAAGGAUUUGUUACUAAUCAGGUGGCAUAUACAGAGAGGAUUGGAAAUGAGUGGGCUAAGGUUGUGGAGGAGACUAGUAGAUAUGCCAAAGAGAAUGCAUAGUAGAAACUGUAUAUUCGGAUCUUAUUAUUUUCUUCCCUUCUUGUUUGAUUUAUGUAGAAUUAGCAAAAAAAGGAGAGAAGUUUCAUAAUAAACAUCACAAUAGAAAAUGUGUUUUAGAUUUUAAUUCUUUUUCCUUCCUUUUUUGGUGCUUUUUAGCAUUUCUGAUUUAUUAUUCUGCCAUUUAUUUAAGAGGGUUUCACAUCUUCAACAGCUACUUACCAAUUGUUGAACUCUUUUUUUCUCUUCUUAUUCAAAAGAUUCGGAUUCUGGUCUAUUGAAUUUUCUCACUGAAAAAGAAAAUUUUUUUUCCUUUUUUUUAUUAAAUUUGAAAUGUUAUUGGCCAUUCUGUGAUCAAUGUAGAUCAAUUUUUUGUUGAUGCCUGUAGAUUUCCUUAAAAGUAAGUAAUAUUAUUCUCACUGAAGAAGUAAUUUUUUUUUUUCCUUUUUUUAAGUUUGAAAUGUUAUUGGCAAUUCUCUGAUCAGUGUAGAUCAUUUUUUCGUUGAUGCCUGUAGAUUUCCUUAUUUUUUAAUUGCUGAAGAAAUAAGAAAUCAGGUAACUGAUGAUUUACUUUGCACCAUGGAGCUUAAUUUUUCCCUUGCGCCAUGUUGAAUUUAACUUCAUUGCAUGUUUUUUAAUCUUGUGUUCUAAUAGCUGCUAUAUCGUCCCCACCUACUCAAACCAUGGUCGCUCUUUCUCUGUUUUGGAUAGGUUCUCCUUUCCCUCCUCUUGGCCUUUCUCUUCCAAAACUGAGAAACCUGGACCAUUGAUGGCAACCGAAGGUACCAUGUGUAUAUUUGAAGUAUUUAUUUUGAGGCAACAUGUUUUGUGUUUUUGCCGGUUUUUCUUGUAUUAUCAUGUGAAGGUCUGUCCAUUGUCUUCGUAAUUUCUAUUCCCACUAGAGGCUGCAUUUGUUGGAUGGUUUGGGAUAAUGGGGUGUUGUUUUAUAGCAUUCUUUCGGCAUCAGAAGUUUUUGUUAGUUUAUUUCCAUAUGGGAUGCACACUAGACACUCAAAGCAUUGUUCAUCUAUAGAACCUCAAAGGCACUGGUCUGAUUUCAAUUGUUACGGCUUGUUUGUUUUCAA